AUUGGCAGCCAGGAGACGGGCAGCUGCCACACUCUUCAGAUUUCCCUCUAUUUAAAGUUCAAAGAGACGCUGGAUAACAAAAACAAAGAGGUAAGUGAGGCCUGAGCAAGCCACUCACCAACAAGAAUAAUGGCUGAAAAAGCAGAGUCUACAUUUUCACACCUUCUGGUUCCUAUUCUUCUUCUGAUAGGCUGGAUUGUGGGCUGCAUCAUAAUGAUUUAUGUUGUCUUCUCCUAGAAAGGCAAGAAGAUAGCAGACUGACAUCAUUUGGAAGAGUUAAGAGGCCAUGAACAUGACUGAUUAUUAAAUGUCUCAUGUUACAUAAUGCAAUAUUUGACAUCACUUUACAAACUUGUAUUAUAAACUGGCACUUUGGCGUGCAUAAGAAUUUUUUCAGGACAAAAAGAAAUUAUGAGUGAUUUUCUCUAUAUUCUGAGUGAGAAAAAUGUUUAUAAUGAAAAAUGCAUGUAUCAUCAAAAAAGUUUGAUAAAUUUAAUCACAUUACAAAAAAUUCUACCCCCUGCCUUCUGGAAAAAAACUAUAGAGAAAAUGGGCUAAGGCUGUGCACGGUGGCUCAUGCCUGUAAUUCCAGUACUUUGGGAGGAUCUCUUGAGCCCAGAAACUGGAGACCUGCGUAGAUGACAGAGAAAGACCCCGUCUCUGCAAAAAACGGGGCUAGAGAUAAAAACAGACAAUUCACAGAACAUAUAAUGUAAAAGUACACUUGGCCCUUAUCCUCUUGUUUGCAAAAAGAGACGUGUAACUAAAACUACACUGAGGAACCAUCACUCACUUACCAGAUGGGAAAAAAAUAAAGAUGUUUGACAACAUA